AUGACUGCCGGCACUGGUAACCGCACAGUUCGACUUGUGCGUCUGGUGCAGGGGGAAGGGCCAGGAAUUCCAACUGGCGAGGCGCUUCUGCAAGCCCAGCUUGAUUCCGGGAUUGCCUCAUCGGCGUCAUCCUCGCCUCAAGGUGCCCCUCCGCUGCUGCAGCCGUCCAGCGCAGAUGGCAAGGGCAUCCUCGAAAAGUAUUGCCAACUUGCACACUCAUGUUUUGGCACGGAGGGAGCUGAGACUUUUGAGCUUCUGAAGGCCCUCUUCGAUUGCAGCGGUAAGCGGGCGGUGAUGCACGAACUCAGCGCCUGGCUUGCGCGGGUCAACAGGAGGACAGCCGCCUUCCACCACCUGACGGCCAACUCCCCUCGGCAGGCUCUGCAUGCACUGCGCAAAGCUGGGGGCGGAGGGCCUCAUUUCGACCGCUUGGCAGCCAUCUUGGCAGCUUGCGGCGGUUCCGCAGUUCCUGGUCGCGAGCAGCGGCGCUGGCUUCGGCAGCAGGUGGAGGAAUGGAAGCGGCAAAGAGUGCCUGAUCUCAUGGGGCCAGGGUUGUGGCGCCUAUACCGCCUAUUGGCAGGUGACGUGCAGGUGGCUUGUGAUGCGCUGGACUGGCGAACUGCGUUUGGCGUGUUCUUGUGGUAUGGCCAGACGGUGGAGGAAACUGUUGAGGACGUCGGUGACUGCGAACAUGCCUUGGAGCGCGUCGUCCAAGCGUUUGUGGACAUGAAGCAGGUGCGCUCCUCCAGAAUCCGUCCGGUAGCCAGCUGUGAGCAGAGGAUCCAGCACAGCGGACCGGACCUACGUUUCGCAGCUUCGAAAGAUGAGCCUGUGUCCUUGCAGUUCAAGGCGAUUCAGGUCGCUGGCUCCAUGGGCACAGGCGCCUAUGAUGCAAGUCACUUUGAUUACAUGACGCACUCGGAGAGUCCCCAGGAUGUGGCGCUGUCAUGGCACUUUGUGGUCGUGCUGCUGAUGUUGCUUGGCGAGGGCGCUGGCACGACCCACGCCAGCAGCAGCUCCUUCCAGAGCUUGACACAGCAGUAUGCGCAGCUCCUUGAGCAGCAAGGCAAGGAUGAAUGGGCAGUGUACGUGGCCCAUUUUGUGAGGGACCAUCGAGCACGUGCUGCAAGGAUCAGACGCUUGCUGAUAAGCCAAGCAAAGGCAGCUCAAUGGGACUUUGGCAAGGAGGCUACGUUGCCCUGGCCAAGCCUGCCUUCGGGUUGGUUGUGGCACGCCAGAGCUCUUGCUUGCGAGCAGGUUCUCGAUUGGUGCGGCGCGCUGACAUGCUGGCAGCAAUGUGGUGGUGAAGAGGCCCGGGCGGUUACCCUCGCCUGCGGAUAUCUGCUUGGCCCAGCACUCUUGGGACAUGCAUCUUCGCCUUACAAGAGGGGUGCCGUCGACUCCAUCCAGCUAUCGCCCAUGAACCCGGCCGCUCGCUGGCUGCACAGAUCUCUCGAGGACCUAAGUACUGCCAUGGGCAGCAAUGACGUUCUCUGGGCAGAUGUCGGCCGGGAAUCUUUGGGAGUCUUGCGAAGAUGGGAGCAAGAAGGCUCUGCUCGCUUUGAUCCUGCUACUUUGGUGCAUCUUCAUUGGCGCUGUGAGCGCUUGCGACAGGGCAUGCUCGGGCUGCCCUGCUGA